GGGUGACCCACUUUCCGCCAGUGUCCGCCGUGACAGAACGCGUAACACCAGUCGUUUGAGCUUGAUGAAACAGCACCUGGUUGCUUGGAGUUGGGUUUCUUGCGCUCUUCCACUCACUUUCCAAAACCAGCAACGACUUGAGGUGUGAGCAACUUCAAUUUUCGUCAACUACUUCUUGAAAGAUUUAGAUCACGCCUACGAAGUACUGCCCGUCGAUAUACACAGCCUCGCUCGUCAGAUCAGCCCCUCGAACCGGGAACCUCGAAUGUCAAAACCGUUACUCUGCGAAUUCGCUCAGCUUACAAAGUCACGCCGACGAUGCACACAUUCCUUGCGCCCCGCGAUCCGUUUACGGACGUAAAAACAACUCUUUCAUCAUGGGACAACUGCAUGGCCAAAACAUAUUGCAAAUGGCCCGUCAUAGCCGUCAUAAUUAUCGGCGGCCUCAUUGCCCUCUCAGUAGUACUCUGCAUCGCACGAUGUAUAUGCUGUGGUGCUGAAUGCGUAUGCUGUUGUUUCCGAUGCUGCGCCUGCUGUUGUGGCGGAGGUCGGAAACCGAGAUCCGGACAUCAACGCGUCGCGAGCGAACCAGCGCCCACAUACCCCACGGGAUACGCUGCAGCGCCGUAUCCAGCAAAUUCGCCUGCUGGGAACCCGUAUGCACAAGCGCACGCUGCUGCUCCUCCGCCGCCGAUGAAUUUCUAUCCCGUGGACAAGCAGUACCAAGCGCAUGCCGCGCCCACGUUCAACCCACAGACAAACCCAGCAUUCAACCCACAGACGAACCCAACAUUCAAUCCACAGACAAACCCGACAUUUAACCCACAAACAAACCCAACAUUCGCAACAUUCGAAACCAACGAGUCGAGGAAACCAGUGAAUGAGGAUGCGCUGCCUCCAAUGCCGAGCUGGGGCGAAGCGCGAAGUGUGCACGUGGAGGUCGAGGAGAGAGUUGUGCCGCAGAGGAGGGGGGACAUGGAAAUGGACCGACUGAACUACAACGGCAGCAUAGCGAACAGCUCAACAGGGGGUGUAGCAGCAAUGAACGCCAGCGCGAGACGAAUUCCAGCACCGAGCCCAGGCCCAGGACCAAUGUCCCCCGUAUCCCCUCUACAGGAAAACUACAACCACGCUCCAGGAUACUCAAACGACUCCCUCGUAAGCGCAAUGCCGCAACAAAACACCCCAGACCAAUACCACAGACCCUACCCCCAGCAGGACGACUACCACCGCCGCGGCUCCCCCGCCCACUCCGUAUCCCCCCUCUACGGCGCACGCGAAGCCCACACGCAAAACGCGCAGAACUACACUCAAGACCCCUACAACCGCGAACCAGCAUACAUCCAACAGCCUCCCCCAGAUCGCUAUAACUCCCCCGCUCCCCCCUCUUACACAACAAACGACUACACCCAACAACAACAACAACCGCAGAGAUCCCACACACCGGCCUACGCCUACCAACAACAACAACAGCAACCCCAACGCUCAAACACACCAGCCUACGCCUCCACAGCCUCGACUCUCUUCGAGCCCCCCUCCCCAUCACACACACCUACACCUGCACCUACACCUGCGUCGGCAUAUCCAGGCCAACAGUCGUACCAGGCUUUCCGACCCGGGGGGGAUGGCCAGCAGUAUACGGGGGUUGUGAGGAAGGCGGUGGGGGGGUCGUAUAGGGAGGUUUGAUGGGAGGGUUUUCCUAUGUCUUGGUUUGACUUUUGUGGGUUCAGGGCGUUAUUUAGCGAUGGU